CACAACGCGAUGAAGUCUGUAUUGGCUUUAUCGUAAUCUUACCUAUGCUUUCUUUCUAAAGUGUGAAAUAUCUAUGUCAUCAGUAGUAACAGACUAAAUCAAAUAAAUUAAUCACAAUGAUUUCGUUAGAGUCUCAGGUCGUCUCUAUUUUGGAGACGCUUGUAAAGGCCACGGUAAAUGAAAUGACUAAAGUUGUGGAUUCAUCAGGCAAGUCUCGACUGACACAUGCAACAACAAACGAGUCUGCAAACCUGGAGUUUACAACCCAGCUGAAUUGUGUGUUAGAAGUGCAGGCAAAGGAAGCUGUGGAAAAAAUAUGCCGGCUUUUCUCUGCGCUUCAGCAUCUUGAAUUGACUCCUGGUCAGAUUGCACAGGAUGCUGAGAAAACAAGAUUGAAGCAAGUUGAGAAACAGAAGAAGAUUGUACAGAAAGAUCAAACAAACAACAGGCUCAAGAAACAACAGGCUUAUUUAACAGACGUUGGUCCCCACAGAAGUCCGUCCACUGACCAGCUUACUCAAGCCUCUGAGGAGAAAACUGCUGUCCUUGUGAGCUGUGAACAGGAGAUCAUAGAUGUAGAGAAAGAGAAAACAGUAUCUCAUUCAGACAUAAAACAAGAGCCCUCUAAAACAAAGAAUACAGUGAUCAACAUGGAAGAGGGGUCAACAGAUUGCUUAGAAAACAGCAAUUAUAAAGUCAGUGAUGCAUCAAUACAAAACCAUCCUCCGCUUGUGCCAUCAGAGAAGAAUGGUGUUGCGGAAGACAUCGGCUGUUCAACUCUGGAUGAUGCAGAAAAAUCUAGAAGUUUCAGAGUUUCAAAAAGCACAAGGGCGCUAGCAAGUUGUAGAAGGAGAGGUAAACAGUUUAGCUGUAAAAACUGUAGAAAAAAAUUUGACACCCUUAUUCUAUUAAAAGCUCAUCAGGUUGUUCAUGCAGCAGCUGGGAAACCCUUUAGCUGUUCACAGUGUGGUAAGUGUUUUACCCGUAAACUCAAUUUGGAUGUACACUCCCAGCUUCAUGCUGACAGGGGACCUUUUAUUUGCAAUCCGUGUGGCGAGACUUUCACCGAACACAAACAGCUUAAGAAUCACCAGAGGAUUCAUCACCCAAACAAAACUUUUACUUGUAAAGUUUGUGGCAAGUCUUUUCCUCAAGCUUAUUAUCUCACAAAGCAUCUAAUCGUGCAUUCAGGAGAGAAGCUGCAUACAUGCGAUGUUUGUGGAAAGAGCUUUGGCAUUCACAACAAUCUACGUCGCCACCAGAGAAUCCAUACAGGGGAGAAGCCAUUCACCUGCCAGACAUGCGGACGAAGUUUCAACCAGCUUGAUUCACUGAAGGCACACAAACUUACUCACACUGGUGAGAAACCACACAAAUGCAAAACGUGUGCUCAGGGCUUUGUACAGAAAUGGUUGCUUAAGUUGCAUGAGGGACAGCAUGCAGGACAAAAUGGACACAGCUGUGUUGUAUGCGGGGUGGUCUCAGGUUGCAUAAAUACAACGAAAACACAUCUCCAAACUCAUGUGGGGCAGCUGCCUGUCCCCUGUACAGUGUGUGGAGAGACCUUUGGCUCUAUCAGCACCUUGAAAUCUCACCAGCAGAAACACGGCAUGAGCACCAAACACAGGUGUUGUGUGUGUGGAAAGACCUUUCAGAGUGCUGGCAGUGUGAAAAUUCAUGAGAGGACUCAUACAGGAGAAAAGCCCUUUAGCUGCUCAGUGUGUGGGAAAAAAUUCAGUCAACAGACUUGCCUUAAGACUCACCAGAUCUCACAUACUGGCAAAAGACCAUUUAGUUGCGACGUGUGUGGCAAAGGUUUUUGCACCUUAGGAAACCUUCGUAGACACCAGCGCAUACAUACUGGAGAAAAGCCCUUCAGCUGUGACGUGUGUGGGCGAGGAUUUAACCAGUCUAAUGCCCUCAAAGCUCAUAAGCACAUACACACGGGGGAGAAGGAAUACAUGUGUGACAAGUGUGGAAAGAGUUUUGCUUAUCCACGAAAUCUGAGGUGCCAUAAAUGUGUGUAAGUACACUGAUGUGUAUAAGUACACUGUUAGAUUAAAAAGGUUAUGUGUCUUGGGAUAUCUGUAUGCUUUUUGUAAAUUUACAGAUGCUGAAGUUCCCCGGUCAGAUAUUAGUAUUUCAGUUUACAGGCUGCCUGUAAAAUUGUUGGUGUCUUCAAAAAUAAUUCAGAAAUGCUGAAUUAACUGUAAAGCGCCUUAUUAUGGCAAAUAAAAGUCGUCAUGUUGAAAUAUAGGUGAUCCGCUCUUUUAUCAAUCUGAAAGGUGGGUAAGAACAGCACUUAACAUCUGAUUUUGGUGGGUGAUGGAUAAAAGUGAAAAAGUAACCAGUAAAAUGUAAUUUAGAUUUUGAUGUUUCUGCCCAGAGAUUUCCUUAUGUUCCACACAUCCUUCUCCAGUAUAGCCCUUAAACUCUGUUGGACCCACCGGCGGGUACAAAGGGGGGCGCUGUAUCGUAAAUAAAUUUACGUUUAAAACAUUAAAGUUUCUGUAUAAAUAAGUCAGGCAUGUGAGGUAUCAUUUUAAAGCUUAGAAUCUGAACUUUUCAGAGGUAACUUCUGCAUUUAUGUUACUUAAAAUAACAAAAUAAGGCCAUGAAACAUUCGUGUUGAAAAUUAGAAAUAAUUAUAUGAAAAUAAAAGUCCUUCACUCAGCAUCUAAAUGGACAAGUCCUGUACCAAAUGAAAGCUCUCAUUCUCUUGCCCUAAUACCACAGUUCAAAAGAUUUUCAAAAGAAUCACAAAGUGAAAUAGGAUUUCUGUAAGCCAUCAGGUACAAACGUCUCUGUUAUGUGCCAAUCACUGCUGCUGUAAGCCCCAAAUUGAUAACAUUUUUAUAUCUGCUUUUACCUUAGUUUUCUAAAAAUUUAGCCAUUGUUUUACUUGUCUGUGAGCUUGCUUAGCUGAAUAAUCCAAUGUUAUAUCUUAGAUGUCCAGAACAAGAUAUGUCAUCCAGAAAAGGAAAAGCAUGCUAAACAAAUCUUCAGAAAUAUGUUUUUGACUAUUGAUGAUAAAAUGUUAUACAACAUCACAAAGGGGAGGAUCUCAGCUUUAUAGUGACUUUUAAUGACACUUCUAGUCAACUCAGAGGCCAAGAUAUUCAUUGAAAUAAUGAGGGUGGUGCAUGAACAGAAAAUUAGACUGAAUGUCUAUGGACAAGCACAUCUUUGAAGGCUAAAAUACGUUAGAGCGCCACCUACAUCAGGGCUCCAGACUGCGACUAAAAAUAAUUGAUUGCUAAAUAUAAAUCUAGUCACCACUGGCGACAGUCAGGUUGUGUGUGUUCAUAUGCAGUUUCAUCAGAUAUCAUCUUGUGAGUUAUAGAAUAUAUUUUUAGAAUGCGCACAACCAGUGUGUCCUCUCUUGUAGUCUCUGUGUCUGGGGCCAUCUGGUAACAGUAAAGAAAGACUAAGUCAAUAUUUUAAAACAAUUAAAAUGUUUAUUUUAUUGCACAAGAUGCAAACAUUCAUUGAUGCUCAAGAAGACAACACACAACUAUAUGCAUACUAUAUUUUAUGUAAUUAUCUGUAAUGUAGAUUGUGAAGAGGAGUACUAAAUAAAAAAAAAAUGUUUAUCUCUUAUAUUUUAUAAAUUAUGAAAGGGGUGUGAGUGUUUAUGAGACAAAAGGGAAUGCAAACGUAUCUUCUCAACUAUAUUUACUUGUAUUAAACAUCUGAUUAAUGGGUUAUCAGCUGUCUUCCUCUCUUCUGGCUUUCUAUCUUGUUUCUGAACAGCAAUCUAAAUCGAGCAAUUCGGUGAUUUGGCGACUAAAAACAACCAUUUGGCUCCUUAAUGUUUCAGUUUAGGAGCCAAUGGCUCCUAAGUCAUUUUUUAAGUCUGGAGCCCUUAUACAUUUCAGAUUUGUAUAUUGUGAUGGAAUGUAAUAGAGAGAAAAAAAAAGAUUUUAUUAAAAAAAACAACCUUUUUAAAGAUAAUAAACAUAUGCAAUAUUAUAAAUAUGAAUAAUUGGAGAUUUAAAAAAAAUUAGAUCAAUUUUUUUUUUUUAAUUAGUCCACAGUAUGCAGGCAGCAGCCCAAAAAUGCACCAGAGUCUCACGCAGGGGGUACUUGGCAUUGAAAAGUUUGAAAAUUCAUGGUUUAUGUGGAUUAAACAGAUUGUCCAAAUGCGUGAUACAUUUGUCAGAUGUACUUCAUUUACUUCAGUUUUAUCCAAGCACUUUUAUGCAA